GCGAGAGAGACGCUCGAGUAUAGUCGAGUUUUAUGUUAGGGGCUUUCAAGAGGGACAGCGCCCUCUGGCAUACUGGAGAGAGAGAGAGAUAUUCUUUACUGCCGCUUAUCCAAUAAUUCCGCAAUGUCCUGCGUUAAUUCUCCAGUGUAAAGCUGGUUUUACGUAUUGGCUAUGCUAUUUUCACGUUGAAUUUAUUUAAUGUGGACCGAGUAGUAUAUUGUGUCAGCGCUUUUGUGUUUCGCGACCUGUAAAUCGAAAUUUUAAAUAUAAACUAAUUGUCAAACGAUUUUUGCCUGUCCCGCGAUAUAUGUAUAAACGUAUAGUGCUCGGCCAAUUUGAAGACAUCAGAUCUCGUACAUUAUAAGCAGCAGCCUGUUCCGAAACUCGGGCGCCAGUUUUUUCUGUCUCUCUCUCUCUCUCUCUCAGACACACACGCAGCAACCUUAUGUAUUUCGGAACGGUUUUCUGUUGAUUGGAUCCUUCAUCAGACGGCCGAAACUUGUCCAGUCCAGCAGUCAGUCGCAGUUGACACUUCCGCUUAACGCGGCUGCAGUGCGCGCUCAUAUGUUUUGAACAUUUCGGCUUUUGUUUACGUGGUAUACCCCCCUGGAUUCACCAAUGCAGUGAACAUUGAAUUUCCGAAACGUUUUUUCUCUGACACUUCGUGCGUGAAAAAAAUAAUUAGAAGAUAAGUACGUCAAUAAGUGAAUAAUAUCUCAUAAAGGGAAUGCAAAGAAGUUGAAGUUUUGGUUCGCUUUAAACGAGAAACGAUAAUAUUUAAAUUCUUUUCUCAACAAGACCGAUUUGUAAAAAGAAACCACAAUGUCAGAUGAAUCAAAUGUAAAUUUCAGCAAAGUUGACACUAAAUUUACAUCUACAGAAGAUGCAAGUGCUGAAAAUCACAGCUCACAGGAUGCAGAAUUAUUACAAGAACUGGGAAAGUUAUGGUUGAUAAGGGUAGGAGUUAUUCCUCUGCUACCAUCGUCCCUGCUUGACAAUCAGAAAUCUGAUAAUGAUGAUAAGCCAAACAUAACUAUAGUAUUCACUGAUUACAGAGAACAUAUGGAUAUGGAGAAAGCCAUUGAAAGGUACAAAGAAAUAUUUAAAAGUAAAACCAUUGCUAUUCAAAUGAAUGAAACUUGUGUCGGUAAACCAAUGAUAGGGGUGGAUAACUUGCCAAUUUUAUCUUUACAACCUUCUGAAAAAGUACAGAUCAGAACGUCAUUUUGUUUCAUUGAUGAAUAUGAAAAUAAAAAUAACUUUUCUGCUGAAAGAAUGUGCGAGGAAUUAAUUCCUGAAUAUGAAGAUUCUAAAAUCAUACUUUUAAUGUUUGGAACUAAUGAUGAAGGUGACAAUAUUGCGCAAGAAGCACUGAAACUUGCUAAAAAAAAGUUGAAGCCUCAUACUUACAAUGUUUGGGGUAGUAAAUGUGAAGAAAUUAUUAAAGAGUUCAAUGCAGCAGAUGAUCAAAUGCCUAUUUGUUUUGGAUUGUCAAUAUGUAGUUCAAACAUCAAAGCAUGGACUUACAUCAAUACAGAUUGCUAUAUCAAAUACACCGAAUUACACAGUAGUUUACUGAAUUUCCGAAGGAAUGUAAAACUUGGUAGUCACAGUUUAGCUUUGGUUGCUGGACCAGCAGAACUAAUGAAUGAUGCUAACAUCCUUAGACUUGAAGUCAAAGAUCAUUUACUCAAGAGUCCUGAUUAUAUGGAAAUAAUCAAAGAGGUUUUUCCAAACGUUCCAUUGAUUGGGGCAUUUAAUUAUGACUGUGACAACGUUUAUACAUCAUCUCCAAACUCAGCAGGAACGUGUUCUGAUAUAUUUGUCUGUGGCAAGCUUAUAUCAUUGCUGAUUAUUUCCUAUGACUAAUUGUAUAGCAGUGUUUUAUAAUUCUCAAUAUUUAGUUGAAAUUUAAUUCUCAUAACGUAAAAAUUAAGUUAAUUCACUUAUUAUUCAUUGCAUGUUAAAAUAAAAUUGUGUUUGUAAUACUGCUGUCGUCGUGAUGGAGCAGUAGUUGAUUUUUUUAAACUGUCUGUAAAAUAAUCAAGACACUGAGAAGUAUGCAUGUUUUCCUGUUUAUUUAUACUAUAGGUUGCAUAUAUCGUUAUACAAAUUUUUUAAUUUUUAUUAAUUAGAUGUAAUAACGUGUACUUUUGUAUAAGAAAAAAGAUUAAAUAAGAUAAUUUUUUAAUUAAAU